GUAAUUCCUUUUGUCCCCCAUCUCUCUCCUCCACCCCAUGAACCUUAUUCUUUAUUCCGUCGCCGCACCCACCAAGCGGCUAGCACUGUAUUCAUCCAUGGUGGCGCAGCGGGUAAAAAUUUUGGGUGCUCAUUGAACUUUGCCCAAUUUCAAGUUUGCUCACCGAAUUUCAAUUUGUAUCAGACUGCUCACUGAAUUUUAAUUUAGUUCCACCGACAGGUCAAUCGAUCGUUUCAGGUGAAUUUUUGAUGACGUGGCCGCCGGAAUUACAUGUCAGCAAAAUAAAAAUAUUUUUUUAAGCCACGUUGCGAAGCCCACCUCAGCACUUUGGCUGACUGGGCUUUAAGUUGCCAACUCACCCUCCAUGUCACCCUCCCUUUCUUCUUCUACCCAUCCACGAGCCCUAAUUCCCAACAAAUCGAGCCCUAAAUCACUCCAAAUCCUUCACCGGAGAGGGGAUUGCUGUAGUCCACUGUCCGACAUGAGCCUCCGAGAAGCUAGGCUGAAGGAUUUAUACGGGAGUUCCGUUUCAUCGGCGUCCUUGUCAUUUCAGCGGAGUCCCUCUUCCACUGACCAUGGCUGCGGGGGAUGAGAAUGAGAACCUGAGUGAAGCAACAGAGCAUCCAAAUGCAGGUAGUAAAGUUGAUGGGAAACAUAAUUCAGAUGCUGAUGAAAGUGAAAUUCAGGAUUCCGACUACAGUUUUCAAAGUGAAGAAUAUACAGAGGAUGCUCACCCUAGAGCUGCAACUGAAGAGGCUAUUGCAGAAGUCGACAAUGAGGAGGAGGGGUACAAUCUGAGUAUGCUUCAUCAAAUGAGUUGUUGUCAUGUUCAUCCACAGACGAAGAGGGCAUUGGGCCAUCGAAGCCUAGAUAUAGUGAAUUCAGGGAAGAGUUUGACAUGAAAGACCCACAGCUGAAGAUCGGCAUGAAGUUUAGGAGUUUUGAUCAGUUCAAACAAGCUGUGAAGAACUAUGGAAUUAAGAACAAGUGCGAGUUGAAAUUCAUGCCCAAUGAUAAAACUAGAUGCAAAGCUUUUUGCAAGAAGAAUUGUCCCUUCUACAUAUGGGCAUUACCAAUGUACACAAACAAAGAGACUGCCCAAAUCAAGUCAGGAAAUUUGAAGCACGAGUGUGGGAGAGACCACAACAUUAGGCAUUGCACUGCUGAGUGGAUAGCAAAGGAAUACUUAGAUCAGUUCAGAGCAGACCCAAGUUGGAAGCUCGCUGGUAUAUAUAGUAUUGGCUCAACAGGAUAGUAGAUGGAUGGAAAACAUGCUGUCAAACUCAAUCUGCUACUUGUUUCAUUAAUUUUCAUGCAAAAAAGGCUAUAGUAACAGUGUUUAUUCCAACCUAUAAGUGGUGUGUUUGGUUUUAUAAUUAAAUACAGAAAUCAAACAGUAAAUUACUU